AUGGGUCUCACAUUUUCCAAGAUUUUCGAUAAGCUAUGGGGGAAGAAGGAGAUGAGAAUCCUCAUGGUCGGUUUGGACGCUGCUGGAAAGACCACCAUCCUCUACAAGCUGAAACUCGGCGAGAUCGUCACGACCAUCCCCACCAUUGAAGUUGCUGUUGCUGUUGCUGACCAGUGGACUGAAGGCUUCAACGUUGAGACUGUCGAGUACAAGAACAUCCAGUUCACCGUGUGGGACGUCGGUGGACAGGACAAGAUCCGACCUCUGUGGAGACAUUACUUCCAAAACACCCAGGGCAUCAUCUUCGUCGUUGAUAGCAACGAUCGCGAUCGUAUUGUCGAGGCCCGGGAGGAACUCCAGCGCAUGCUGAACGAGGACGAGCUCCGGGAUGCCAUCCUCCUGGUCUUCGCCAACAAGCAGGAUUUGCCUAAUGCCAUGAACGCCGCCGAGAUCACAGACAAGCUUGGUCUUCACAGCUUGAGACAGCGUGCUUGGUACAUCCAAUCAACUUGCGCUACCUCUGGUGACGGUCUGUACGAGGGUCUCGAGUGGCUUGCCAGCACCCUCCGUAAGGCGGGUCAUCAGUAAAUACAUCCACGGGGAUCCUUUUUUUUUGCACCGUCUCCCCUCUCUCCCUCGGUCAAUCAUGGUUCGGUUGUAAUUCGCCAGGUAUCCCUCAUGAGCAAUCGAAUAGUCCAUAACCAUCACACAUCGGGCGGUGGUCUCGCACAGUGAAAACUCCACCCCCCCUUUCAUAUCAGAAGACGAAAAUGGGCUCUUGUUUUUGCACUCUUGGUCACUUUUCGGAAAGACGGGGGGCGCACAGGGUUGGAAUCUUGUACAGUUUGAAAUCCGGGCG